UGAGCGAUCAAAACAAAAACAGCUCCCACACACAGCAGCUAGUGUCAGUGGGGGCCACUGCUGUUAGAAACCAGCCUGCUGUGUCAUCAUGCUACUGAAAUCAUGCUGCAUUUACAGCACCGGAGUUUUGUCCAUACUGCUCUUGAUCCUCGGUAUUGCUUUGGUCCUGUCUAACGUGUUUCCACAUUUUCUACAGUCGAUGGUUGAAAAGGAAGUUGUUUUGAAGAAUGGCACCGAGGCAUACGAGGCCUGGGAGAAUCCACCGGCCCCGAUUUACAUGCAGUUUUACUUCUUCAAUCUGACCAACCCAGAGGAGGUGCUGGAUGGGGACAGGCCUGCUGUGGUGGAGAUUGGACCAUACACAUAUAGGUGA